AUGGCGGCCCCCAAGAUGACCAAGAACCAGAUGCGGCGAGCGAAGAAGAAGGAGGAGAAGAAGGCCAAGGCAGAGUCUGAGGCGGCGGAUCUACAGUCCACGGAGAAGAACGGCGCAACCGAAUCAACAACCGAAGCUAAGCCUGACACAACUUCACAAGCAGUGGUAGAAAGGGAAAAGAGAGGCAAUGCAAGCGAACCGAAGAAGGAGGGUCCAAGUACCGAUGAACCCAAGGUCGAGCCCGAGAUGAUCCUCGGGGGCUUCGACUACGACGACCCAGCAUUUGCCCAGUUCAAAGACGUCUUCAGCAAAUUCGGUCCCAACCCUGAAGACGACAAUAUCGCACGUGAAGCGAACGCCGGCAACCAGGGUGAAGUUUUCAUGAACGACCACCUGGAGAUGAUUCCUGACGAGGAGGAUGAGGACGGCGGCCGGCUCAAGCUGUCCAAGAAGAAGCGCAAGAAGCUCAACACGCUGUCGAUUGCCGAGCUCAAAGCGCUUGUCCAAAACCCAGAGGUCGUCGACUGGCACGAUGUCUCGUCCUCAGAUCCGCGUCUUCUCGUCGUCAUCAAAGCCCAGAAAAACGUCGUCCCCGUCCCCGGCCACUGGUCCCUCAAACGCGAAUAUCUCUCCAGCAAGCGCGGUGUCGAAAAGCCUCCCUUCCAACUGCCCCCCUUCAUCGCCGAGACUGGCAUCACCGAGAUGCGCGAUGCUGUGCUUGAGAAGCAGGCCGAGCAAACACUCAAGCAGAAGCAGCGCGAGCGUGUUCAACCAAAGAUGGGAAAGCUCGACAUCGACUACCAGAAGCUCUACGACGCAUUCUUCCGCUUCCAGACGAAACCCUCCCUCACCCGCUUCGGCGAUGUAUACUACGAGGGCAAGGAGUGGGAGACGGAGUUCCGCAACUUCAAACCAGGUCCGCUCAGUGAUCUUCUCAAGGAAGCCCUGAAUAUGCCUCCAGGUUUCCCACCACCGUGGCUGCUCCAGCAACAGCGCAUCGGUCCCCCGCCAUCCUACCCGAACCUCAAGAUUCCUGGUCUUAACUCGACACUACCACCAGGCGCUUCCUGGGGCUUUGCUCCAGGACAGUGGGGAAAGCCUCCCGUUGACGAAUACAACCGCCCCCUAUACGGCGGUGAUAUUUUCGGCAUUCAAGGUGCGGACGAUGUUUCGGCUGCCGUUGACGCCAGCCAGGCAUCGGCGGCGGCUGGCGAACCGAUCGAACGGGAGAUUUGGGGAGAGCUGCAACCACCAGGGGAUGACGAGUCUGAGGAAGAGGAAGACGACGACGACGAGGACGAAGACGACGAUGAGGAGGACGAACGUGAUGUGCCGGGCGGCUUGGAGACGCCCAGCGGCUACAUCAGCUCUGUGCCCACCGACCUCCCGACGGGUGUGGAUGCGAACAUUGGAGGCGAGUUCGACCUUCGCAAACAACGGCGCGGAUACGAGACCGAGGAGUCCUCGGCGGGCCGACCUCCACGGUCUGCAUACACAGUCAUCCCCGAACGGCAAGCACAGGCACAUGGCUUCUUUGGCAGCGACCGGACAUACGACCUCUCACGAACAGGCCGCGGUCCAGCUGUGCCUGUACUAGGCCAGGACGACGAUGGUGCACGCAAGCGCAAGAAGCCCGGUGAUGUGGAUGUAGCACUGGAUCCCGACGCACUGCUAAGCAACGAUGGCAUCAGCAAGGACGAGUUGAAGCACCGCUUCGAAGAGGGCCGGCGGGAAGAGGGUGUUGGUGCGCAGUGGCGGCAGUACGACGACGAUCUGACCGAUAUGAUUGCACAAGAGAGCCGCAAGCGGCAGAAGGUGGUUGAGGACCGCAAGACGGAAAAGAAGAAGGAAGCCAAGUACCGUUUCUGA